UCUUCACCAACUACAAUGCCCAAACUUGCCCCACCACCACCAUAUUUACAACUCAACAUUAACUAAACUAAACUCAUAAAGCUUUAGUUUUUGUUGGUUUUACUUUGAAACAUAAUAUUAAAUAUUUAAUAUAAUCAUUACAUAUAUUUGAAACUAUUCUUCUCCUUGAUGAACUGCUAAAACCAGAAUCUUUUGCCGCCGCUGCUGCUGCUGCUUCUAUGGAAGAUCAAAUUGUUACUACUCUCUGCAACUCAAUCCAAGCUCUGGGUCGUGGCUUUGAUGUUACAUCUGAUAUUAGGCUUCUUUACUGCAAGGGGACUCCUGGGUCCAGGCUUGUUGUCUUAGAUGAAGAUCAUGCUAGAGAUCUUCAUGUGUCUGAUUCUGUCGUGGUGCCUGAUGUCUCUUUUGAUAUUGAUUGCUCUAGAGGCAAGAGAAGCGUUGAGAGAGUUCCUGUUUGUAGUUUUCAUGAGAUGGCAGGAUACUUCAAUAAAAAAUCUGGUAUUUCAGGACACAUUCCGCUUGGAAGUUUUAAUGCUAUGUUCAAUUUCACGGGUUCUUGGCAAGUGGAUGCGGCGGCUACAAAAUCCCUUGCAAUGGUUGGAAAAUUCAUUCCUCUCUACAAAGUUAAGUUAGCAAGGCUAAAUUUAGAUCUCCGUGAAGAAAUCAGGCGUGCUGUUCCUUAUUCUUGGGAUCCUUCAUCCUUGGCAAGCUUUAUUGAGAAUUACGGUACCCAUAUUGUUACUUCUGUAACAAUUGGUGGAAGAGAUGUAGUUUAUAUCAGGCAACACCAGUUGUCGCUUUUGUCAGUGAUGGAUAUUGAGGACUAUGUGAAAGAAAUUGGGGAUCAGAGGUUUCUGGACUCAAGUAGCCACUUAAAUGCUGGCCCCUUAAAAUACAAGGACAAGGAUGUUACAGUCAUUUUUAGGAGGAGAGGAGGUGAUGAUCUGGAGCAGAGUCAUGGCAAAUGGGCUGAGACUGUACAAUCAGCACCUGAUGUGAUUAACAUGACAUUUAUACCCAUCAUUUCACUGCUUGAAGGAGUUCCUGGUUUAAAGCAUUUGGCCCGUGCGAUCGACUUAUACUUGGAGUACAAACCACCUAUUGAGGAUUUGCAGUAUUUCUUGGAUUUUCAAAUUGCUCGAGUUUGGGCUCCAGAACAUAGUAAUAUUCAAAGGAAGGAGCCUGUGUGUCCUUCCCUCCAAUUCAGCUUAAUGGGUCCUAAACUUUAUAUCAGCCCAGACCAGGUAACAGUUGGCCGUAAACCAGUCACCGGACUUAAACUUGGCCUGGAGGGCAGCAAGCAAAACAGACUUGAAAUUCAUUUGCAGCAUCUAGUGUCCCUUCCAAAAAUCCUUCAACCACAUUGGGAUGCCCACGUCGCUAUAGGUGCACCGAGGUGGCAAGGUCCUGAGGAGCAAGACAGCCGCUGGUUUGAGCCCAUUAAGUGGAAGAAUUUCUCCCAUGUAAGCACUGCACCAAUAGAGUAUACCGACACUUGCAUUGGAGACCUCUCUGGUGUUCACAUCGUCACAGGGGCUCAGCUUGGUGUUUGGGAUUUCGGUGCCAAAAAUGUAUUAUACCUCAAGCUCCUCUUCUCCAAAGUACCUGGAUGUACAAUAAGGCGUUCUGUAUGGGAUCACAGCCCCUCCAUCCCUCCAAAUGCACAGAAGCCUGGUAGCGCUUCUUCGUCAAUUGCAAUUGAAAGAACCUCUGAUGAUAAGAAGGAAGAUAGUUCAACCCACCUUGGUAAAUUGGCAAAAAUUGUUGACUUGACUGAAAUGUUGAAGGGACCCCAAGAUUUACCAGGCCAUUGGUUGGUCACAGGAGCUAAGCUUGGAGUGGAUAAGGGAAAGAUUGUACUGCGUGUAAAGUACUCCUUACUGAAUUAUUGAUUGAUUAUUUCUAUUUUUGUAGGAUUACCCCCCUUUUUCCAGUUUCAACCAUAGUCAAAAUUCUUUGCACAGGCAAUCUAUUUCCUUCUUCUUUCUGUACAUUAUGUUCUUUGUUAUCCCCUGGCCCCGUAGUCGAUAGUUACAUCAUUGAUUGUCUAAAGAUAUUGUCCUCUGAAUUUUUUUAUUUUAGGUUUGUCUGGUGGAUGAAUAAUAUCAAGCAUGUUAAAUUUACAGUUUAAAGUAAUUUUUUUUCCCA